AAUGACACUGUUGACACUGUCUGCUGUCGUUGUUGUUGUACUAGUACUAAAAACAACGUCACUACUACUGCUCCAAAUAUUACUACUACUUCUACUACUGAUGACAACGAUAAUGGUGACAUUCUGAAAUAUAUAUUGCAUUAUUGUUUAAACGAUGUAACAGUUGGCGCGCUCAUGGGCUUCAAACUCCUUCGAUCCGAUGUGUGGUGUAACGCUAUUGGUUGGUGAGUCGGCUCCUCCGGCCAAUCAGAUGGAGUCCUCUAUCACGCAGGAAAAAACAGAAGUAGUUGCACAUUUCCUCAACCGACAAUGUCUGAGCACGACAUGGAGGCCUCUUCGGUCUACAUGUGCUUCCCCUGCUAUCAGGAGUUCAACACCCUGGAAGAAGUGCUGAAGCAUCAGCUGACGUGCACCGCUGAGGAGGAGCAGGUCGACGCACCCGGAGCCACCCACGUCACGGUCCCUGUGCUGCAGACCCAGCAAAAAGUGGUAAAUAUCUCCAGGACUUUUGCCGUUCCACAAAUCCAAGUCCCAGCCGGACACACCUCGCUGCAGAUCGAUCCACAGACACUGAAGCAGGCCACGGCAGCGGUGCAGACCGACCAGCCCCGGAUCCUCUACCAGUGUGGGGACUGUGAUGAACUGUUUAGGACCCUGGAACUCUGGCAGCACCACCGGAAGGCGGAGGCCUGUCAGCAGUCUGAGGCUGGGGACAACAAGUCCUGUGAAUCCACCCCUGAUGCCCACCCCGAGGCAGAGAUCAUCGUAGCCCAGAGGAUCUCUUCAGAUUCUGAUCCCGAUCACAUUUCCACCAACAAUAAUAAUCCAGAGAUUGUAGAAACAGUAGUAGGACAUGAAGAGAGGGAGUCUGUCCCAGAGACUGCUGCAGCUCUGACCUCUGACCCCACUGCUCCAGAGCCAGAGCCAGAGCCAGAGCCGGCCGCUGUGACGUCCGGCUCAGUGGACGAGUCUCCAAAGAGACGAGGUUCAAGCAAGAAGCCGAAGCCUGAACCCGUGCUCCUGUGCGUGGACUGCGGCUCCUGCUUCGGCCUGGUGUCUGAACUGGUGGCCCACCGUAAGACGCAGCACGGCUUCGAGGAAGCUCUUCACCGCUGCUCCGUGUGCGGGGAAAGCUUCCUCAACACCACACUCUUCCUCUACCAUCGUAAGCAGCACAGACAGAAAGGAGAAGAAGACGUGGUUUUAGUUUCUGACUCCUACCUCAUAAAGGAAGUCUCCACUCAGGACAGUGGACCAAACGAAGACGAACAGGAGACAACUCUGACCACUAGUGGGCGCUCCACGUUCACACAGCCGCAGUUGUUCAUGUGCACCCUGUGUGGCCACAGCUUCAGUGACGAGGGGGGGCUGGCUGCUCACCGCCAGCAGAAGCACGACCUGAAGGAUCCACUUCACAGCUGUUCCGUCUGCGGCCUCGGCUUCAUGAACACCACCCAGUUCCUGUACCACCGCCGCCACCACCUGCUGACACCAGCGGCAGAGGUGGAGGAAGAAGCUGAACUUAGAGAUGAAGCUGAUGAAGCUCCAACGGCUGAUGUCCAGAGUUCAACACAGAGCCACAAACGGCCGCUGACCUCUGACCUGGGCGCAUCACUCCCUAAGAGAAGCCGACCCUCUUUAAGGAUCCUGCCGGGCGGGAGGGUCGUUAGAGAUAUCAGGAGUCCGGGCAGUAGAGAGGACACGGAGGGGGGCCCUGCUGCAGAUCCAGAUAAAACCCACCAGCCCCCACCUGCGAAGCUGCUGCAGGACUGGUCCCGCACCCCCUUACCACACGUUUGCCCCUACUGUGGCAAAACCUUCACCCGGCGCGUGUUCCUGCGCACACACGUGUACAGCCACACUGGAGAGAAGCUGUUCACGUGCAAGAUGUGCAACAAGUCCUUCUUCAACUCCCAGAGCCUACUGCGCCACAGCUUGAGCCACACGGGCCACAAGCCCUACAGCUGCGACGUCUGUGGCAAAAAUUUCUCCCAGUCAGCCACGCUGAAACGACACCAACGCAUUCACAUUUCCACACAGUCUCGACGCCGCCGUGGACGAAGACCGAUCUGUGCCACAGACAGUGAGGGGGGGAAUCUGCUGGCAUGUCCUCACUGUCCGUCCCGCUUCAACACAGAAGACCAACUCAACGACCACAAGCUCUUCCACACCAGCCACCCGUUUCCCUGUGUGGACUGUGGAGCAGCGUUCACACGCAGAAAAGACCUGGACCUGCACUCACUCACUCACCAAGAUAAGAAGCCGGCCGUGUGUCCUCACUGCUCCUCCCAGUUCGUCAAUCACAGCCUGCUGGAAAUCCACCUGCAGCGCUGUCCCACCACGGACGAGGAGAGAAACGCCGGCCGAGGGCGGGGUCAAGGCCGAGGGCGCUCCACUGGUCAGCUGGAGUGCGACCUGUGUGGUCACCGCUGCAUGACCCAGGAGGGCCUGGACCUCCACCGGUUGUCCCAUACGGGCCAGACGCCCCUCAAAUGCCCAGUGAGACCCUGUCGCCGCAAAUUCAUCUCCAACAGUGCCCUGGAGGAGCACGUGCUGGCCCACUUCCAGGGCCGGGUCACCAAGUCUAAAGGUCGACCUCGCUUCCACUGUCAGUUCUGUGAGAAACAGUUUGCCUACAAGUCCACCUUCGCCGUCCACAUGAGGACGCACACGGACGAGAGGCCUUUUGAGUGCACCACCUGUGGCAAGCGUUUCCGUCAGUUGCCUCACCUGCAGGACCACGAGCGGAUCCACUCAGGUCUGCGGCCGUUCUGUUGCUGGAUAUGUGGAAAGAGUUUCAGCGUGGCCGCCCGUCUCACCGAGCACGCACGCACCCACAGUGGAGAGAAGCCCUACCCCUGCGCCCACUGCAGCGCCGCCUUCCGUUCUCGCUCAAACCUGGACAAACACCUGCGCCUCCACGGAGACAUGCCUAUGGAGACUGCCGAGCAGGUGGCGCAGGCGGCCGAGGUCGCUCAGGUCCAGAAGGUGUUGGAGGGGGCCAAGGUGCUGUCGUCUCUGGCCGCCACGGGGGAGGUGGACGCCGGCACCGUGCAGACCAUCUAUGUGCUGCAGGGCGGAGAAGGAGGCACCGAGACGGUGAUGAUUCCGUCCGAUCAGCUCGCCGGCAUCGAGGGAGCGUCGCAAGUCGUCAUCCUGCCGUCUUCGGUUUUGGGCAGUCAGGCCAUCGCAGUUCCUGGUAUCACCAUGGACGGGAAUGAGAUCACCAUGGUGGAGACGGACCAGUCGCCGCAGCACACCAUCGAGUUCAUCGUAGAGGAAACGGUCUGAAGGUGAAGAAGAGAGGAACUAGAACCGUUGAACUAUAGUAGAAAUUAGUCUGGAGUCGGUUGUUAAUAUUGGACGGAGACACGCGGCGGCGGCGGCGUCUCCGUUAGCUAACGUCCCUGUGAAGUGACAUCUGACCUUUUAGUUUGUUUUUGCUGUUGAAUUGAUUUCCUUCAGCUCUGGGUCUGAAGUGCAGACUCUUGUAUAGAGCCAGUGGUCAGGGGGGU